AGAGGGUUGGAGUGCAGUGUAUAUGUUCAAGACAUUGAAUGAAGGGAUUGACUGGAGUCCUAAGAUUGCCAUUUAUGGCGAUUUGGGUAAUGUUUUGGCAGAAAGUUUGGGACCACUUCAAGAAGAAGCACAACAAGGAGUGUAUGACAUGAUUAUGCAUUUAGGUGAUUUUGCGUACGAUUUACAUGAUGAUAAUGCUAGAGUUGGCGAUGAAUUUUUUAGGCAAAUAGAGCCAAUGGCCGCCAAUUUUUCCAAUUAUGACAAUAGAUUUUCACUUAUAUCUGAAGGCGAUUCCGUGUCAAAUAACCACUACUGGAGUUAUAAUAUAGGAUCCGCUCAUAUCAUCUCAUUUUCGACUGAAUUUUACUAUUAUAGUAAAUAUAGGAUUGAAACUGGCCAUGAUCAAUUGAGAUACCAUUAUAAUUGGCUCGAGAAAGAUUUAACCGAAGCUAAUAAACCAGAAAACAGGGACAAAUAUCCAUGGAUUAUAACUAUGGGUCACAGACCACCAUAUUCACUACAUGACGUCGAUGAAACAAUUAGAUUAGGCGUUGUGUCAAACGGGAGUCGAUUGUAUGGUUUGGAAGAUCUUUUCUAUAAACAUGGAGUGGACGUUGAAUUCUGGGCUCACGAACACAUUUACGCCAGACUUUGGCCCAUAUAUAACAAUACCGUAUAUAAUGGCACAGAAUCUGAUCCCUAUACGAAUCCCAAAGCACCCGUACAUAUCAUAUCGGGAAGUGCAGGUUGUUAUAUGAAAGAAAGAGAAAUAACAUCAGACAAACCUUAUGUUGCAAUGAUUAACGCAGAUUAUGGCUAUAGUGUUAUGACUAUUGUUAAUAAA